AUCUGGCGAGGAUAUAUGCCACUCCGUCCAACAAGCGGCUUCCACGUGGGCUGGAGGCAUUAGUGCUACUGGAGGGGCAAUUAACCCAGAAAAGUCCUUUUGGUGGUUGAUUGACUUUGUGUGGGACCCCAGAGAGGGCAAAUGGAGGUUCUGCCGGACGCACCAACUUCUACCGGAUCAUCCAUUACAAAUACCUGGACUGACUGGCGAAUUGGAAGCCUUAAGCCGUCUGGAGCCGGAUGAGGCGGAGAAAACCUUGGGGGUCAUGUUGGCCCCAUUGGAAGAUCAACAUGCUCACGUCGCCCACCUCAAGAGUAUCGCCAAAAAGUGGGCUGAGCAAGUGCGAUCGGGGCAUCUACACAAAUACAAUGUCAUUUUCCUUAUCAAGACAACAGUGAUGAAAUCCCUGGAAUAUCCUAUGGUGUUAACUACACUGGAUGCUGCGACAUGGGUGUCGAUUAUGAGUCCUGUUCUUCAAGUCUGCCUGCCGAAGGCUGGCUUAUGUAGGAGCUUUCCUCGUGACAUGGUUCUUGCCCCUCUCAAAUUCCAGGGUCUGGGCAUCCCCCAUCCGUUUGGUACUCAGGUGUCUAAACAUAUUGAGGUUCUGCUUCGCCACUUGUCCAACCAAACAAAAACUGGGGCGUAUAUGGAGGCUGCGGUCCAAGAACACCAACUUGAGACCGGCACCUCCUUCGGACUCUUCCAGCAGGACUAUAGCAACACGGCAAUUUUGGCGUCAGAUACUUGGCUCAAAAGAGUCUGGAAAGAGUUGGAGGACUUGGAUAUCUAUGUUGCUCUUGACUCUCCUGUCCUCCCUCUCCGGUGCGAAGGCGAUGCCUUGCUCAUUGAGGUAUUCAUGGAGUUGGAAGUGGAUCAGGACGCUCUAAAGUGGCUCAACUGGUGCCGUAUGUUCCUCCAAGUUUGCACCGUCUCCGACAUCGUGACGGCCGAUGGCCGCAGCAUACGAGAGUCCAUGUGGCAUGGGGAACGUGACUACGCUCAUCGGUCGUCAUAUCAAUGGCCUCGCACUGUCCGGCCCAACAGGAACCACUGGAAGGUGUGGCAGGAACACCUUACUCGAGCACUACUUGUCUCUGACGGACCCCAGCGCCUACUGCGUCAUCCUCUGGGCCCAUGGAUCGAUCCUCUCGACAACUGGAACUGGUUAUGGUCUUCUACCCACGGAUUGUUCCACCGCCAGGGCCACGGGUGGCAACACUACCGUCACCGUCGCUCCUCCACACGGAGCAUUCAAUGGGACUAUCCCCGUUCUAUGCAAUUGUCCAGGUGCAAACGACCACAUAACGAGCAUACCGACAACGGCGUCAGCUUCUUGCCAGCCCCCUUUUGGACCCAACCACUCCCAGCUGACUUGUGCCGAGCUACCGUCCACAUUACGCCUUCGCUGGGCACUCUAGCCCUCACCGGCAUUGGGACAGUACCGCUGCAGCCGCAUCACGACUCUCAACCGUCCUUGCUGGCCGCCUGGAUGGCCGCCUCAGCCAGGUUGACGGAGUAUGUUGGCUGGACCCCUGAAGAAAUUGAGAUCAAUGGCGACAAGAGCCUCCUUGCUGCAGCCCUACUCGAAGACCGGCUGUGUGUGAUCAGCGACGGUUCUUAUAAGCUCGGUCUGGGCAUGGCAGCGGUUCAACUGCUUCCACGUAAGGGUGGCACGGAACGUAUUAUUGUUUGGAGCCAGACUCCAGGUCUAACUGAUGACCAGAGCGCGAUUGCGUGCAAUGGAUUUUCGGCGUUGCUCAACACCUUUGGUGACAAUCGAGUCACACCGCAACAAGCCCAGUUUGACCUGGUCUCCUCUAUCCGGGAGGCACUUGCCCGCUCUAGGGCCUCGUGGGAACCUAGCCACGUGUACAGUCACCUUGAUACGGCGACAUCCUUUUUGUGCCUCUCUUGGUGGUCCAAACGGAAUGUGGAAGUGGAUGCGUGGGCGGUUGCCUAUCGCCACCAGCUUGAAGCUUCACACCGAUUGAUUGCACCUAACGCUCGUUUCUUUACCGAAUUGGCUGCCCUCUACAUCGGGGACGUCAAACAGUUGCGAUUGAAUCCAGAACAGGUCCAGGAACUGGUGGCGCUGCCUGCUCUCUGCAAGCGAUGGCACGAGCGGCAGACGAUUACACCAGAGGCAGAGCUGGAGACCGAUUGGACCAGUCUGGCUCGCGCCAUGAGCUCCCUUCCGGCAGGUGUCCAACGUUGGACCACAAAGCAUGUCAUGGGCAUGUGUGGUGUAGGGAAGUUCAAAGUCCGGUGGGUUGCCGCAGACUCAGCUGCAUGUCCCUGCUGCGGCGAGUUUGAGGACCACCUUCACGUUCCUCGAUGUACGGUGCCCUCGGCGAGUGCGGAAUGGGAGCGCUGGACGGCGUCGUUGGACCAAUGGUUGGACACCCAAGUCACUGACCCAGCCAUCAAACACGCUAUCCUCUACCUUCUUCAAGGGGUUUGUGAUCCGUCCCUACCUCGCAGUCGGUUGGUUCCGAUUCGUCUUUGCCGUGCUUUCCUCUCCCAACAACGCAUCGGCUACCAAGGUUUAUUGGAAGGCCGGCUGUCUGUUCAGUGGGCGGCCCUGCAGGAACAGUACCUUCAGUCACGAGGGAGCCAACGCUCUCAGACCCUGUGGGUCUCUCGCCUGUCGCAUCAGCUGAUCUUGCUUGGAUUUCAUAUGUGGGAACACCGGAACUUGGUGCAACAUUCGGAGGACAACGUACAGCUACGCGAACGUAGCCAAUUGGUGAACGACGGUAUACACUCUCAGUUUGAUAUGGGCCCAACCGAGGUAGUUCAACGCGGUUAG